AUGCGAUUAGUUUUGUUCUCUAUCCUGUCUUUACUCGCAGCGCCGGCCGCUGUGCUUUCUUGCGAAGGCGAAUGUAUCGUCGGGAUAACCAACCAAUUCAUCACAUUGUACGCCGAGACUGUCUCUUCAGUCAUGGACAACAUUGCAUCCCAGAUCUGCAAAGACGUCGCUCCUCAAACUCCCACCGCAUCUUGCAGCGCCUACGUGCAACCUCUCAUGGACGCCUGGAACUCUUCCAUGUACAACCCAAUGGAGCACGCCAUAUUUCCCAGUUACUUCCAUGGAAAGUGCCAAAACGCUCAGGGCGUAGACCCCCCUGGAUGUCCCAACCCCGAUUGCCCCGUCGUCUGCGGAACACCUGGAUCUCUCGUCCAUUUUUACUCGACCCUUCAAAACAUCGUCUUUGAUACCGUGAACGGUUUUCUCGUCAACAACACAAAGCCGAACAGCGAUGUAUACAACGAAAUCAAGAAAGCUGUCACGGCCGGCUCUUCCACGUCUAGUCGUCGGGCCCUUGGACCCCCUGCGCGUCCCUACCCACCUUCAAUUCGCCCGAGAGCUGGAACCAUCGACAAAUCUCUGCAGUCCAUUUUCAAGGGAUUACCGCACCUCCUGCAGCAGGACUGCGGUGGUCCGGGACUACCGAACUGCAGCUGGGAGACGUAUAUGAAGAAGUUCAUACUUAGCUACCCUUGA